AUGACCGGCUCCUGUUGUGGCUCCACCUGCUCUGAGGAGGGCUGCUGCCAGCCCAGCUGCUGCCAGCCUUCCUGCUGCAGGACCACCUGCUGCACCACCAACUGCUGCUCUGUGCCCAGCUGCUGCAGCCCCUGCUGCAGCCCCUGCUGCCGGCCCUGCUGCAGCCCCUGCUGCAGCCCCUGCUGCAGCCCCUGCUGCCGGCCCUGCUGCUCCAGCUCCAGCUGCUGUGGCUCCAGCUGCUGCCGCCCCUCUUGCUGCUGCAUCUCCAGCUGCUGCCGGCCCUGCUGCUCCAGCUCCAGCUGCUGUGGCUCCAGCUGCUGCCGCACCUGCUGCUGCCUGCGCCCGGUCUGUGGCCAGGCGUGCUGCUGCACCACCUGCUACCGCCCCACCUGUGUCAUCUCCACCUGCCCCCGCCCCAUGUGCUGCGCCAUUCCCUGCUGCAGCUGCUGA